UAUUUAAGCUUUUUUAGCUUUUCAAAAAGUUCAUAUGUAUCAGCUGUCAUUUAAGCAAACUGCGCAUGUCAAAUAAAAAAUCCACGAGGUUCUGGGGAAAAGACCUAACAAAUCUAUCAAAAAGUAUUAAUGGAAAGAGUAAUGACAGGUAGUGGAAAAACGCAAAAUAUAACGUCAUUAUUGUUUUAAUUAUUUCCAUUUGCAUUUCAGCUACAAAAGAAGGUGUUUUUAACAAAAGCCUUGUGACAUAAAGUAUUUAAUCACCCAUUAAUGUGCGGUGUCAUUAUAAUUCAAGGUAUCUACGUUUGCAAAUCAAAUGAAUAUGAGGAAUUUGUUUAUGGUUAUAUGUUGCUUUUUUCUAAAUAAUUUUUUUUUGAUAAAUGCUGACGAAUCUACAGCUAGUUUUACUGGCAAUGACUACAUUAGGUACGAAAUAACAAAUAAACAAGAAACCCGUAAAGAUAAAGUUACUAUGCGUUUCAAAACAACAGAAGCCUUUGGUGUGUUGAUAUAUAGCUGUGGAAUACAAGGAGAUUUUCUCCUUUUAGAGCUACAAAGGGGCAAACUUGUUUAUACUGGAAACUUUGGUUCAACCCUUGAAGAAUACGGCGCUCAUAAAAUAAUUCAUGAAAAACAAUAUAAUGAUAAUAGUUGGCAUGAUGUUGUUAUUUUGAGAGAAAAUGGCACCCACGUUUAUUUUACGGUAGAUGAUAAAACAAAAUCGUACAUUUCGCAUUUAGACUUUGAACAGCUAAAUCUCGAUUAUCUUUACGUGGGAGGUCUGGGCUUAGCUCAAAAAGAUGAAACAACAUGUUUGAAUAUCAAAGAAAAAACUAAUUUCAUUGGUUGUAUGUCAAAAGUUAGAUUUAACAGCAUAGAUUUAUUGUAUGGUGCAAUUGAGAAGUUCACGCACUUUAAAACAUUUGGCCAUCUAUCUUUUACAUGUCCUGAUAGCAAACUGAAUAUAUUUGGGUUUAGUUCUGUGAAUUCACAAAUGACUUUACGAAGAAAUAUACUAAAUGUUAACGAUUUGAAUUUUGCUUUAGAGUUACGAACAUUUGAACCAAACGGACAAAUAGCAACACAUCUAUGCACAAAUGGUGCAAUUGAGAUAAUACUUGUGAACGGAAAACUUAAUUUGAUUGUUUCUUUCAUAGGCUUGUCUGCUCACAAUGCCGUUACUAUAAAAUCAGAGAUAAAAGUUGACGACGGUAACUGGCACGUUAUUCGAAUUUCGGUACAACGAAAUGAAGACAUAGUCAAACUGCAAGUAGAUCAUGUCUCAGAAAUUCAUCAGUUUAAAAGCUACUUUCGAUUAGGAAGCACUGAUGGCAUAGGGAACUUUAUGGGAGAAAUAACUAUUGGAGGCAGUACACCCGAACUUCCUUGUUUACUUGCGUGCUACAGAACAAUUGAAGUUGAUAAUGAGCCAGUUUUAUUUGAUUCGAGUAAAAUAAUAAAAAAGCGUGAAGUUGGUAAAAACUGCAACAUUAGUGAUUUAUGUUUUCCUAAUCCUUGCCUUCAUAAAGGAGUAUGCUUUCAAUCAUUGCAGACAUAUACUUGCAAUUGCACUAAUCCUGAUUAUUCAGGAACAAAUUGUGAAACGUGCGUUUACAAAAGAACAUGUCAUGAAUUAAUGGAUAGUGGAUUUACUGAAAGCAAAAAUUAUAAGCUAUGUUCUAAUAAUGAGCAAGUUUAUCAAGCUUAUUGUGAUAUGAGUUCAGGAGAAACAAUUAUUGGCCAUAAUAUUAAAAACGACACGCGUGUUGAUGAAGGAGAAAAGGUGGAAGGAACGCAAUCCUUUUAUAUACAUCCUGUUAAAUAUUCUGUAGACGUACUUUCAAUAAUCAACUUAAUGGAAUUGAGCUCUUUGUGCAAGCAGUAUAUUAGAUUUGAUUGCUUCCAAUCAAAGUUAUUGGAUGGAGUUGGAAGAAAGAGAUACGAUGACUACAAAGGAGCAAGAUGGUUAUCUAGAGAUAGCGAGCGGCAACAUUUCUGGGGGAACUCAAAUCCUGAUAGACGAACGUGUAGCUGUGGAAUGGAUAAAUCUUGUGCAAAAGGAGACGAUGGUAAACCUUACGACUGUAAUUGUGAUGCUGGCGAUGCAAAAUGGCGUUUUGACGAUGGUUAUUUAACGCAAAAAUCACUCUUGCCAGUCACCGAAGUUCAAUUUAGCAUUGGAAAAUCAAUGAAUAUAAAAUCUUACUUUACUGUUGGGGAGUUAAAAUGUUCAGGUACAAAAGUGAAGCCUUCCGAUAUUCCAGUCACAACAAUGACUACAACAGUUAAAUUUGAAAAACCAAAAAUUAUUAACAACUCGAUGUUUUCAAUUCGGAAAUUUGAUAACGUGACUAUACUUACUUUGCCUGCUUCAUCUUCUUCAGUUAGAGAUAGUAUUGACACAUUGUUUUCAAAGCCAUGGCUCAUAACCAUUGUGUGUAUUGGAGUUUUGCUGUGUUUGUUAUUAGUCGUCUUAGUGUUUAUUUUGUUUCGUCAAAAUCUUGGAAGUUUGCUGAUUAAGUGUGUGUAUGGAAAACACGUUAACAAACCAAAAAUUGAAAUUGAGGAUUAUAACAGAUACUCUACGGUAACUGAGAAUCAAUCUGAUUGGGAUAUUCACCAUUUAUCGACUACUUUUCCCACAAGUACACCAGCCCCAUCAUACGGUCCAACUGAUGAUGAAGAAAGCACAGUUGAUAUUCGUUGUCGAACAGUAGACGAUUUAAGAGUUAAACGCAGUUUAAAAAAGUUAACUAACUGGGGAAGUCGUACAGCUUCUGCUCCAACAGUCAUGGGAUCAGUUAACAGUCUACAAUAUAAAAAUGAUAACGUGCAAGCUCCAACACACAAUGAAGUUAUUUCUAAACCAAAUUGCAAAAAUAUUUUUGGCUCCUCUGACACAGCAUUUAGUACAACUGCAACUGAUGGUGAAGCGGAAUCCAUAAUUGAUAGCAGUGCAUCUGAAUAUAGUCAAAAGUCAAGCUCCAACUCAGUUAAAAGUUCAUUAAAAGAAUCGGAGCACGAAUCUCCUCUUGGAAACAAAAAGUUAACUGACGUGAACAUAUUAAACAAAAAUGAAAACAAUGAAAAACUUCAAAAGAGUAACGAUAAAUUUUACUGUAUUCCAGCUCCAAUGCCAACGAUGUAUAGUGAACCUAUGAAAAAUCUUAUUCCAAUAACGCCACUUCCUCUUAACGGAUAUCGUAAUCUUAAAACAGUUAGAUGUGGACUUCCGUAUGAAUUUGGUGGUCACCUGGCAAUAAUAAAUAAUAAUUCUAACAGAUGCCAACUUAAGAACGCAUCUUUAACAAGAAUAAUUCCAGUGAGACGUGUUUCCGUAGCGUCAGAAAAUUAUAAACCAUACCCACAUCCAACAAUUCAAGAGAGAUGCGAGGAAACCACUGACAGUGAGCAUGACACGCUGCACUAUUUCUAUGACAAUCUUUGUAAUUCAGAUGGAUUUUAUGACAACAACGAUGGAGACCAAGGUUUUUCGCCUUCCUCGGAAACUAGACCUUUAUUUGAUGAAAUAAAUUCAAGGGACGAACAAGAAAGAGAAGCCGAUGAACAGAUCAAGUUACUAAAACGGAAAGUAAUCGAAAAAGCGACUUCUUUUGACGAAGGGUACUAGACAAUGUAAUAGGAAAUAAAUAAAAACGAAAAAAUUUAAAUAACUUUUA